AUGGCGCUCCUGCAGCAUAAGGCGCUCGCUGACUACGAGAAGCAACUAGACACCUUCCAGGCCUUCCUCGAGAAGUUCGAAACCUCGAAGACGUCCUCAGAUUCAGCUGCCGAAGCUAUCAGCGACCUGCACCUCGAUGGCGAUCACACUAGCGACGAGUAUGACUUUAUGGACGAUCUCGCAGACGAAGACCACAGCAGAGCUAGGCGGGGACCCAAAAGAAAAUACAUGGAAAUGCUUCAAGAGGUCGCAGACCGAGAGCGACAAAACAUCUUAAUAGAGCUGGAUGAUCUGAAAGAGUUUGAAGAGACUUUAGGAGACGAGAUGAACUUGAGACUCGUUGAAUCAGUCACAAACAAUACCAAGCAUUACGUCGAUUUGUUUUCUGAGGCGGUGGACAAGAUAAUGCCAAAACCAAGCAAAGAAAUAUCAUUCAAGGAUGACGUCCUCGACAUCAUCAUGGCGCAGCGAGCGAAACGAAACGAAACUGUGGCUUCAGUCGCUGAAGCAGAUGCAGAAGCUGCUAUCCCGGUGUCGACAUUUCCGCCAGAAUUGACCAGAAGAUACACGCUGAACUUCAAACCUGUAACGCCCACAGGUGCUGAUGUCAGCAAGAAGACACUUGCGGUGCGACAAGUACGAGGAGAACAUCUAGGCCACUUGAUCACCGUGCGCGGCAUCACCACAAGAGUAUCGGACGUCAAGCCCAGCAUACGAAUUCAAGCUUACACCUGUGAUCGCUGCGGUUCGGAAAUCUUUCAACCAGUAUCUGCCAAGCAAUUCACACCUUUGCAGAUGUGCCCAUCGGAAGAAUGCAAGCAGAACGACUCCAAGGGUCAACUCUUUCCGUCAACACGCGCCUCAAAAUUCUUACCAUUUCAGGAAGUCAAAAUUCAGGAGAUGGCAGACCAAGUUCCUGUUGGUCACAUUCCAAGGACACUAACGAUCCACUGCAACGGCAGUCUAGCACGACAGCUAAAUCCUGGCGAUGUUGUCGACAUUGAUGGCAUUUUCCUGCCCACUCCGUACACUGGAUUUAGAGCUAUCCGGGCUGGUCUGCUGACGGAUACGUAUCUGGAAGCACAACAUAUCACACAACACAAAAAGGCUUACCAAGACUUGAAAACGGAUCCGCGUAUAAUCCGCAAGAUUGAGUCCUUCAAGGCUUCUGGACACAUGUACGAAUACCUGGCUCGUUCCAUAGCGCCCGAGAUCUACGGUCACCUUGAUGUCAAGAAGGCCCUCCUUCUUCUGCUCAUUGGCGGCGUGACCAAGGAGAUGGGUGAUGGAAUGCGCAUCCGUGGAGAUAUUAAUGUCUGCUUGAUGGGGGAUCCUGGUGUGGCCAAGUCGCAACUACUCAAAUAUAUCACCAAGGUCGCACCUCGAGGUGUAUACACGACUGGCCGUGGAUCCAGUGGUGUCGGCUUAACGGCUGCGGUGAUGCGCGAUCCUGUCACGGACGAGAUGGUUCUUGAAGGCGGCGCACUCGUUCUCGCAGACAACGGUAUCUGCUGUAUCGAUGAAUUCGACAAGAUGGACGAUGGAGACAGGACGGCCAUCCACGAGGUCAUGGAGCAGCAGACUAUCUCAAUCAGCAAAGCCGGCAUCACUACCACUCUAAAUGCACGAACUUCGAUUCUUGCAGCAGCCAAUCCACUCUAUGGCCGGUAUAACCCUCGGAUAUCCCCAGUGGACAACAUCAACCUCCCCGCUGCCCUCCUUUCUCGAUUCGACAUUCUUUUCUUGAUUCUGGAUACGCCCUCGCGGGAAGCCGACGAAGAACUUGCCCAGCAUGUCUGCCACGUUCACAUGCACAAUCGGCAUCCGGAACGCGAAGGAGAGGGCGUGGUCUUCUCGCCUCACGAAGUCAGACAGUAUAUCGCUCAGGCGCGCACAUUUAGACCCAAUGUGCCAAAGUCCGUGAGUGACUAUAUGGUCGGUGCGUAUGUUCGGAUGCGCCAGCAACAAAAGCGGGACGAGGGAUCGAAGAAGCAGUUCACACACACGUCGCCACGUACUUUGCUCGGCGUCUUGCGCUUGUCGCAAGCUCUGGCGCGACUGAGAUUUAGCAACGAAGUGGUCAAUGAAGACGUUGAUGAAGCACUGCGUUUGAUUGAGGUAUCCAAGGCCAGUUUAUACCACGAUCAGCGCGCUCACGGCGAUCAGACCGUGAGCUCCAAGAUAUACGACCUGAUUCGCGGCAUCAGAGAAUCGGGAGCCGCGAGUGUCGGUCGUGGAGCGAGGGGAGAGCUGAGCUUGGGGAGAGUCAGGGAGCUGGUCACUGCCAAAGGCUUUACGAGUGAUCAAUUCGUCCGGACGCUCGAGGAGUACGAAUUGUUGGAUGUCUGGCAAAUUGCUAAUAAUGGAACCCGGCUGGUCUGGAUCGAAGCCGGGGAUAGUGACGAAGACAACGAUGAGGAUAUGGGUGACGCUGACGAUGAUUGA